AUGGCAAAAAUAAUACAAGGGUUAGAUUUAUUAAAUAAUGAAGAUAUUAAAAGAAAGUUAAAACAACAUAUAGAUAAUAAUUAUUUAAUUGGACUUCCAACAGAAACAGUAUAUGGAUUAGGAGGUAAUUCAUUAAAUGAAGAUUCUUUAAAGAAUAUUUUUCAAAUGAAAAAUAGGCCAGUAAGUGAUCCAAUCAUAUCUCAUGUAUAUGAUAUAUCACAAGCCUUUGAACAAUUAUAUCAUAUUAAUAUUUUUGAAAAAUAUAUUAUUUAUGUAUUAAGUAAAAAAUUUUGGCCUGGACCAUUAUCAAUUAUAGCUAAAGCAAAAAAAAAUGUUCCUUUAAUAUUAACAGCUCAUACAAAAUUUUGUGCAGUAAGAAUACCUAAUAAUAUGAUCGCAAGAGAAAUAAUAAAAAUAUGUGAAACUCCAAUUGCUGCCCCAUCAGCAAAUAAAUUUCAACAUAUUAGUCCAACUAAUUCUCUUCAUGUUUUCGAAGAAUUUAAAGAUGAAAACAUUUUAAUAUUUGAUGACGGGCAAUGUGAUGUAGGCAUAGAAUCAACUGUUUUAAAAAUAACGAAAUUUAAAAAAAGAAAUAAUGUAGACCCUCAAAAGAUUCAUAAAAACUUUAAUAAUAAAAUAAAUAAUAUACAGGAAAAACAUAUUCUCAAUAAUUCCAUCCCUGAAGAUUUUAAUUUUAGCAAUGAUAAAAAUGAUAAUAAUAACAAUGAUGAUGAGGUUACGACAGAUAAUGAAUACGAAAAUGAAUAUAAAGGAGAACUGAAGCUUUUGCGUGAUUUAACAAAUUCCCAAAAAUCUGAGUCAAAUAUAGAAAUGUAUGUAAAAUUAAAAAAUAUAUUUGAAAAUAUUGAAAGUAAUAAGGAGAAAUCAUAUUACAUAUAUGAAAAAAUUUUAAAAUAUAAAAGAUUAUACGAUUAUAGAAUUAUAAUAUAUAGAAGAGGCAAAUAUACUAAAAAUGAUAUUGAAGAAGUUUUAAUGAAUAACAAUCUCUUAAAUAACAUUAAAGUUGACUUGUAUAAGAAAAUAAAAUUCGAAGAUCUUGGAAUAUUUCAAAAAAAAAGCGAAUAUCAGAAUGAUGAUAAUUUUAAAGUAAUUGAUAAUAAUAAUAAUAAUAAUAAUAAUGAUAAUAUAAUUAAUGAAAACACAUAUAAACAGAACAAAAAAUUUUUACAAGAACCAAAAAAUACAAAUCAGGAAAAAAAUGAAGUCAGUCCUGGUCUUUUGAUAACUCAUUAUAGCCCUUUUGUUUCUACAUAUAUGGUUGACAUAAUUUCAAAAAAAGAAAAUAAGAACAAUAAUUUGUCAAAUAUCCAAUUGAAUAAAUGUAUAUUUUUAGAUAUAGGAAACUCUUUUAUUAAUUAUCAAAAUUAUUUUUUAAAGUAUAUAAAUAUAUAUUAUGAUAAUUUAUCUGAGGAAGAACAAAUAAAAUAUGUAACAAAAAAUUUUUUUUUAUUUUUAAGAAAAGCGGAAACAUUAGCUAUAAGUAAUAAAGCAAAAAAUAUACUUAUAUCAAUAGUUAAUUUUAAAUCAUCUGAUGAAUUAUACUUUUCAAUAUUCGAUAGAAUAUUUAGAUCGGCUUCUGGAAAAAUUUUAAAAGUAUUUAUGAACAAUGGUGAACUUCAAAUUCUCAAUAAUUAA